AUAUAUAAAAUUGCACAAGGCCCUGAACCAUAUGUUAUCACCCGCUUUGAGGUCACCAAUAUUUUCUUUUUCAUAAUUUUAUAUAUACUCAGACUUGAUCGAUUAAUGAAAUGUUUAUUUUGGCCUUUGCUUGAUAUUAUCAACUCACUGGUAACAAGAAUAUUCAUGGCAAUCAUACUUGUGUGGGCGCUGGUUCCAGAGGCCUCAACAUUGACAAUAGUUGGAGAGGUAUUUAGAUGGGCAGCAUCAGUGUGCUAUAUUCCCAACAGCACUUUACUGACCAGAGUCUUCUAUUUGAUCCAAGUGGUUUUUAUCAGAAAAGCACUAUUCAUUAUAAAAAGUAAGGUUUUAUAAUUUUAUAUUUCUUUUUACUUCAUACUAUUAAACAUUUAUUCUUCCA